CAUUUCUAGAGUCAGUUCAGCCAAGAGUGCUGAGAGCCGGACUGAGAAUCAGAGGAAACAUGAGCAAUCCUCGGCCUUUGGAGGAGGAGGUAUAUGACAUGUCAGGCGCCCGCUUAGCCCUGACACUGUGCGUCACCAAAGCACGGGAAGGUUCAGAGGCAGACCUGGAUGCUCUGGAACGCAUGUUCCGGCAGCUGGGAUUUGAGAGCACCAUGAAGAGAGACCCCACCGCCCAGCAAUUCCAGGAAGAGCUGGACAAUUUUCGGCAGGCCAUGGAUGCCCGGAAUGACCCCAUCAGCUGUGCUUUUGUGGUGCUCAUGGCACAUGGGUUAGAAGGUCGCCUCAAGGGGGAGGACGGACAAAUGGUGGAGCUGGAGAACCUUUUCGAGGUUCUGAACAACAAGAAUUGCCGGGCCCUGCGAGCCAAGCCUAAGGUGUACAUCGUGCAGGCCUGUCGAGGAGAACAAAGGGACUCCGGUGAAAGAGUAAGUGGAGGUGAUAUUCUGAUGCUCACAAAGGACAGUCCCGAGACUAUCCCAACGUACACGGACAUCCUCCACGUCUACUCCACCGUGGAGGGGUACAUUGCAUACAGACAUGACAAAGAGGGCUCCUGCUUCAUCCAGACCCUGGUUGAUGUGUUCACAGAGAGGAGCGGACCCAUCCUGGAGCUUCUGACAGAGGUGACCCGUCGGAUGGCUGAAGCAGAGCUGAUUCAGGAAGGAAAACCAAGGAAAGUGAAUCCCGAAAUCCAAAGCACCCUUCGGAAACGGCUCUAUCUGCAGUAAAAGUAGAAAGGGCAGGGAGAGGUUGUCUUUCAAGUGCUCUCUCUGCCCCAUGGAUAUUUAGAGGUUGCUCUCAUCACUCCCCUAAAAUCUUCUCUUCCCAAGGCCAAAUGGCACCCAGCCCCUCUUUCAUCACACCCCUCAUGCAAGUCCUCUUUCCUUCUGUCCCUGUCAUUCUUAAAGCAAACCAGCCAAAACAUAGCACAAGGCACAGCACUAACAUUAACAUUCACCUCCCUCAGGCUGGAAUCUCCACCUCUAUUAAUACAACCUAAAAGUAUAUUCACUUAUCCUAGUUUCUGUUCCUAACUUCCACUGAAACCUUUUUCUUUCUCCCAUUAAUUGUACCUAUGCAGAUGUAACUGGAUAAACCUCGCUGAUAAACCAAUGCCCACUUACCACUUCCCACCCCAAUCAAACUUCCACUGGAUCCUGAAUCUCACUUGGAGUUAUAACCUCCUCCUGAGAACCAUAUCCAUUUCCAUCUUCCAGAGAUUCCCUCCCAACCCCUGGAAAAUUAGUAAAGUAAGAAUCAUUCUCUCUUUUCAAGACUCGUUUUCCUUGGCAAGCUGGUAACUUGACAUUCUCCUUUUAGCUCAUGGGCUCUCUCUGGCUGAUAGAGAUGUUUCAUCUUUUUUCUGAGUUUCUCUCUACUAACUAAUGCUCCCCAAGGCCCUGGGCCCUGCCUUCUCUCCAAGAAAAUCCAUCCAUUUAUUUCUUCUCAAGUCUUCAACUUUUAACCACUCUGAAUCAGGGCAUGUUGGAGCUAUGGCAAAUCCUCUAGUGUCACCCUGUUUUUCAGACAGUGUGGUAGAGACCAGAGAGGUUAAAAGUCUUGUCAAAUGCCACACAGCAGGGUGCCUGGGUGGCUCAGUUAAUUAAGCAUCUGACUCUUGGCUUUGGCUCAGGUUGUGAUCUCACAGGUUAUGGGAUAGAGCUCUGGGUCUUGCUCUGCAUUCAGCGGGGAGUCUGCUUGAAGAUUCUCUCCCUCUGCCUCUUGCUCUCUUUCUCUCUCUCUCUCUCUCCCUCUCAUAAAUAAAUAAAUCUUUUUUUUUUUAAUGCCACGCAAUAAGUCAGUGGGAGGGUCAAGGUCUGGUUUGCAGCCCAGCACCCUUGCCACUGCCUGCUAAGUCUUGAGACAUCAGAAAACUUUCCUAAUUUGAGGAAUUUUCUAAUAAAGUUCUCCCUACUUGGCAGUAGGAGCUCCUUGGAAGACCCACAAGUCCUUGAUACCCAGCAGUAAAGGCUCCCCCCGUAAGAUUCCGGCACUGGGCUGGUAUUUGAACCAGAGGCAUUGCCUUCCAAGUCUACGGCUCAUCUCCAGCCUUGACUUUCCCCACUGAAAUAACCUGCAGGCAUAUCUGCCAUCAUUGACAAUUCAUGGCUAAAGAUGAGUCUUUUCUCCCCAGUUCCUCCUCCAAGUAUUCCCUGGCACCCUCACCCUCAGACCACAGGUUCAGAAUUCUGCAGUUAUCUAUGACUCCCCUCUUCUUGUCUCCUUUAAAAUGCCACCAAGCACAGUGUUCAGCACAGCCUGACUUUAAACAGUUCUCACGUCUGUCUUUCCUUCCCUUACAUGUCAUUCUUCAGGCUCAGGUCCCAUCCUCUAUGUCUGCAUCUUUGUACCAUCUUCCUUCCUUGCCUCUCUGCCUGUCCACUUCACCUCCCCUCUGCCCUCCAUCUACAACUCCUGACCUCCCUAGAAUACUCAAGAACACAAUGGUGCCCUGUCACUUAGAUAUCAAGGCCAAACUCCACAUCCUGAUUUCUCACAUCCUUACAAUUUCCCCCUGUACCAGCAAUCAGCUAAACUCAUCUCCUACCUCCCCCACUGUGAUGAAUUCACUCCUCCAACCACACCAAUGUCCUCUUACUCAUUCCUGCCUCUGAGGCUUUGCUUAUCACCAUUUCCCUGAGCUGGGGUGCCCUUUCUCUCACUACCUCCCACCCAUAUGUAUUCCAAAGAGCCAUUCCCAGUAUUCUUUCUAGUUGAUUCUCCACUCCUACCCAGGAUGAGACACUGAUGAUUACAGGAUUGAGGGCAGGAACAAGUCUUUGAUCAACAUAAUGGAUGUUCAAUAAACAGAUGUUAAACUUUAAAA